GUUGAGCAGGCAGAAAGGGCUUGGUCGGGGUGUCACUGGUGUGUCUGUGCGGCUCUGGACAGCUUGUUACCGGGCUGACGACGCCGCCUCUGCCGCCACCGCUGCUGCUGCUGAAGCCCCGUAGAUGAACCUCCUCCCCGGCUAUGCUGCCCUGAGAGAACCGCGAGUAUCCGCCCUGCCAACAUGUCUGAUGUCAACAAGACUAUUCAGAAAUGGCACGCCAGUUUUAAGAAAGGCACAGACUUUGACUCGUGGGGACAAUUAGUGGAGGCUAUAGAUGAGUACCAAAUUUUGGCAAGGCAGCUGCAGAAAGAGGUCCAGUCGACAAAUUCAACAGACUUCACAGAGGAGCAGAAGAAAACUUUAGGAAAGGUUGCAACAUGCCUGGAGAUGAGAAGUGGCAGUCUGCAGUGCACCCAGUCCAAGGAGGACUUCAAGCUGGAAGAGCUGAAGAAAGUGGAAACCAUAAUUCAAAAUAUUCUGACCUACAACAAAGAAUUUCCCUUUGAUGUGCAGCCGGUGCCCUUAAGAAAAAUCCUGGCUCCAGGUGAGGAGGAGAACCUGGAGCUGGAGGAGGAGGAGGACGCUGCAGCAGGAGCCGGUUCUACAGAAGCUUUCCCUCCCAGAGCCCCCGCUUCGCAAGGUACCUUGUUGCCACGUUUACCCUCAGAGCCUGGGAUGACACUACUCACAGUGAAGAUUGAAAAAAUCGGGUUGAAGGAUGCGGGGCAGUGCAUCGACCCGUACAUGACCAUCAGUGUUAAAGAUUUGAACGGUGUAGAUGUGAACCCAGUGCAGGACACUCCCGUGGCCUCCAGGAAGGAAGACACCUACAUCCACUUCAGUGUGGAGGUGGAGAUCCAGAGACACGUGGAGAAACUACCAAAAGGAGCAGCUAUCUUCUUUGAAUUCAAGCACUACAAACCCAAAAAGAGGUUCACCAGCACUAAAUGUUUUGCCUUCAUGGAAAUGGACGAGAUCAAACCUGGCCCGAUCGUCAUCGAACUGUACAAGAAGCCCACAGACUUCAAGAGGAAGAAACUGCAGCUUCUCACAAAGAAACAACUCUAUCUCCAUCUUCAUCAGACGUUACACAAGGACAGCUAAGUCGCAGCACGCCCUGAACUCUGAACCUGUUUUUAAAAAUCUCUCUAAAAUCCACAUACAGCAAAGUGUGGUGUUCCACCUCCUUACAUCGAGCAAUACGAAAGCAAGCAUUUUUUUUAACUUUUGGUCCAUGAGUAUAUGAAGAAAGUAAAGGGAGUUAGUCACAUCAGCUCAGACUUUUGUAUUCUUUGAUUUUGUUAAGUCAGGACGACCUCAAAAAACACUUAAAAUAAGUCUCUUACUAUUUAAAGAUACAGGACUUUUAUAUCACAGCAGUUAAAACUGUUAAACCACCUCAUCUCCAGUCUUCCUUGGCUCACUGAUUUUGGGAAACAUGGGUUAAAAGGUGAGUUUGUGCUGUUUGGAUUUUGGACCCUCAAGUUAAAUUUAGCCAAACAUUAAAAGCAACUAAUAAAUGCCAAACUAUGUUUUGUCAUGACAAAAAUUUUCAAAGGUGAAUAAAUAAACAGCCUCACUUUUUCGCUCCAUCAAACCACCAAAAGUUCCUUAUUUCUGUCAUAGUCCAGAAUGGUUUGUGUGUGCCAUAAUAAGCAGUUAAAUAGAUUAAUUUUAAAAAGCUAUUACAAACUGGUUAAUGAAAAUUGCAUUAUAAAAAUCUAAGUAGGAAUAGUGAUAAAAAAUCAAUUAAAUUCCACAGUUGAUUAUUCAGUUUUAUUUAUUGUUGCUUAAAGUUACUACAAGGAUUUUUUUUUAACUGGUUCUGAAACAAUGUCGCUUCAUUUACGGCUCAAAACAAGACCAUCAGUAAGAAGAUUGUCUGUUUCUGUGUAGUUAUUCUUAAUGACUGUACCCGGAUCCAAUUCACAGCAAAAUCAGACAAAAUCGUGCAGGUUUACCAGAACCACUUACAGCUCAGACUCUAGUGGGGGGCUCACCUUAACCCUUUAUCGGGCGAAGAACCGUAUUUGGUAACUUCGGCGGAUGUCCAAAAUAAAAAUAUUUAGAGAAAAAAGGUGCAAAUUUACUAGAUUAAAGUGGCAAAUCUACAAGAAAAAAAGUCGCAGAUUUAAGAGAUUUAAAGUGGAAAAUCUGCGUGAAAAAAGUCAGAUUUACGAGAAAAAAGAUUUUUUCACCACUUUAAAUCUCAUAAAUCUGAAUUUUUUUCUCGUAGAUUUGCCACUUAAAUCUUGUGAAUUUAUUUCUCAAAAUAUUAUCCCCCUACCCUGGGCCGUAUGUUGUUUUUUUUUUUACACAUUCUGGCAGUAUGUAAUAUCCUCCAAUAUUCUCUAGGGUUGAAAUUUGGAAUUUGCAAGUAUUUCAAUGAGUGCCCUAUUAAGGGUUAAUGCUCUGCUGAUGUCCUGUGUGCUAACUUCGUCACCGCUGCCUCCUGGGAGCUAACACAGACAGUGCGCUGCUUGCUCACGCCGUAUUGUUGGGCCUGCGGAGGGGAAGGGAGGCACAGAAGAACCAGAACCAGGACUGAACGGGGCAGACUGCCACAGCCAGCUGCAGUAAAAUUAGAGGAUAUCUAAAGGGAGUCUGGUGCUAAUUGAAACACUACCGCUUUUCUCCACAGAGGGGCGCCAAACUCAACACAAAAUUAAAAUUCCUUGCAGUAACUUUAAAUGACAAAUUAUUGAAUAUGAUCACAAAAUACAUUCUAACAUGUUCUCUAUUAAAUUAAAAUCUAUGUUAAUCCAUUUACUAAUGCAUCUGGUGAUCAUAUACAGUAUCAUCUCACAAUUUGUUUGUCUGCUUUAACAUACAGUUUCCAUUACAUUAAAGAGAUCAUAAAAUGGGAACUGCAAAAUUAUAUAUAAUAAACAUUAAACUAAAAAAAAAAGUCAGAAAUCAUCCUGGUGGCACACUCUAUAAUGGUUUGUUAUUUAAUCACAUGGUAUUUAAUUGAGCAGUGGCAUUUAUAAUUAUAGGUUAAAUAUACAGUUUGUGUUAUGAUGCACUGAACCAUUUUAUUUCUAUACUUCAACCCAAAGUGAAUAAAUAUGAUUACGACUUUGUAGCACUUAAAUGUUCCCAUAAUUCAGACGGACUCAACAUUUCAGUUCAGUGUUCAGCCUUCAGUAUAUAUUGGAUUUAGUUAAAUGUUUUAAUGUAUUGUUUAAAUAUGGUUUUAUAAUUGCAUUAAGAGUUGAGUGGAUGCAGCAUGGUUUGCAUGAUUCUGUAUUAAGUGUUGAACAUCCUGUCCACUUUUUUUUCUCAGCAAGCAGAAAUGCAGUGUUCCGAUUGGAUGUUUAUCAGCCAGCCAGUGUUUUUAAAAUCUAGUGUUACUUUGCAGAUCAGAUUUAUGUCUACAGUUAUGUUUGUUGUCUAGAGGAAGCAUUUUUUAUCUGCAGUUCAAGGACAGCAACUGUGCUUUCUGACUGUCUCUUAAGCCCACUACUUUUAUUUUGAAAUUCCACAUCACCCUGUUAUAAAGGGAUUUUUUUUUUACAAAAAUAAAAGCUGCAUUUUUUUUUGUUUCCAUUUUGAUUUUCCAGAUGUUCGUCUUCACUAAAACAUCUACAUUUUAAUAUUUGAUUUUAGAUUUUAUUUUUGUAAUGUCACAAUAUUCAGGACUGUAAAUUAACUGAAUUAUACUAACGGAUGGACAGACAGUAACUUUAUGUGUGUAUGAAGCGCUACGAUGUGGUAGGACUGAGACCUGUGGAGUGUUUUAGUUUCGUUGACAGACUGACGGGAAUUGUAUCAGACAUUUACAAUGCUUUUAAUUUCUAAUAAACUACAAAUGAG